GAUUUUUUUCAAAAGCUUCACAAUAUACAGUCUACUGUGGAAGGGAUAUUGCAUCUGAUAAAUGACACAAAUGGGACAUAGCGAGACAUUUCCCGUAUUAAAUAUAUUUACCACAACGCAAUUCAAGGGCAAUUAUUUUGUCCCUUCAUUGUUGCCGUAGUUAUGCUUUCUUCCGGAAGAAAUACAUUCAGCAUUACAAGAGGUCGCGGUGGCCACAGACCACCGUAUCAGAAUUAACCAACAAAACUGUCUUUCUUUUUUUGUGUAGUACAAAGUCUCUACACAAACUCUCCAUGCUGCUGUGCCGACUCUCCUCAGUGACCCAGAAUUUAGCGAGAUGGAGACCUUGUAGUACCCGGAGAGGCGCUCUACUCCACUCCGCAAUCUCCUUCAACUCCAGCCGCUGUCAAAAUGUCAGCUCCGAAGGCACUGUUCAGCCUAAAGCCACCCAGGGACCAGGGCAGUACCGCGACAGUGUUCUGCUUCCCCGCACGGAAUUCCCCUCAAAUCUAUCUGGACAGAAACUCCUUGAACGGGAGAUGGAAAUACAACGGGAGUGUGGCUUUGCAGAGCUCUAUGCAUGGCAGAGAGACAGGAAGUCCAAAAAGGAAUACUGUCUUCAUGAUGGCCCCCCUUACGCCAAUGGGGACCCACAUGUGGGACACGCCCUCAAUAAGAUCCUAAAAGACAUCCGGAACCGCUUCGAGAUGCUGAGGGGCAGACACAUCCAUUAUGUGCCAGGUUGGGACUGCCACGGGCUGCCAAUUGAGCUGAAGGCGCUAGGCGAGCUGGGCACCUCUGGACUCAGUCCUCUGCAGGUCCGGCAAAAAGCCCGGGUGUUUGCAGAGGGGGCGAUUGCUCGGCAGCGUGCUGCCUUCCAGCGCUGGGGAGUGAUGGCUGACUGGGAUAAUUGCUACUACACCUUUGAUGGUAGUUAUGAGGCAGCCCAGCUCAAGGUCUUCCAGGAUAUGCACAGCAAGGGUCUGAUUUACCAGGACUACAAGCCAGUGUUCUGGUCUCCCUCCACCAGGACGGCUCUUGCGGAAGCAGAGCUAGAGUAUAACCCCCAGCACACAAGCAAGGCGAUCUACGCCACCUUUGCCCUGUCCACCGUGCCCCCUGAGAUGGCAGACAUUGCAGGGAAGUUGGGCAGUAUUUCUGUGUUGGUGUGGACCACCCAACCAUGGACCAUCCCAGCCAACCAGGCUGUCUGCUUCAUGCCCAAUGCUCAGUACUCUGUUGUUAAGAGGGCAGAUGGCUCGCAGCUUCUCCUGGUGGCCACUGACCGUGUUGCCAGCUUGGCAACUCUGCUGGGCACAGAGCUGGAGAGUGUGGGCACCUUCACAGGUGCACAACUUGAGGGCGGUGUGUGCUGUCAUCCCACUAUUCCCGGGAAGGAUGUUCCAUUGCUUCCUGCUAAUCAUGUGAACAUGGGCAAAGGAACGGGAUUGGUCCACACAGCUCCUGCCCACGGGAUGGAGGACUUCACUGUGGCGUCAGACUUUAACCUACCUGUGGAGUGUCUGGUGGAUGAGGAUGGACAGUUCACUGAGUUGGCUGGGCCUGAGCUGCAGGGUCAGCGUGUGAUGGCGGAGGGCAACGACACAGUGAUCUCCAUGCUGAAGGCGGCCGGGGCCCUGGUGAAAGAGGAGGCGUGUGUCCACAGUUACCCCUAUGAUUGGAGGAGUAAGCAGCCUGUACUCAUCAGACCCAGCAAGCAGUGGUUCAUCAACAUCGCCGGCCUUAAAGAUAAGGCCAAGGAAGCGUUGGCAAAGGUCCGUGUGAUCCCAGAGUCCGCAAGGGGCAGCCUGUUAGCCCAUCUGGACAGAAGGCCGUACUGGUGUAUCUCCCGCCAAAGGAGCUGGGGGGUGCCCAUUCCUGUGUUCUACCACAAGGAGACAGGAGAGCCACUCAUUAACAGACACACUGUAUCUCACGUGGCCCAGCUGUUCUCAGAGAAGGGCAGUGACUGCUGGUGGGAACUGCCCCUGGGAUCUCUACUGCCCCCCGAGGUGCUUCAGAAGAGUAAAGCAGGAGACCUAACAGAAUAUGAACGCGGUGAGGAUGUGUUGGACAUCUGGUUUGACAGUGGAACCUCCUGGGCUGCUGUUCUUGAAGAGGCAAACCGGAGGGCUGACGUGUAUGUGGAGGGGAAGGACCAGAUAGGAGGCUGGUUCCAGUCAUCUCUGCUCACCAGUGUCGCUGUGCAGAAGAAGGCUCCCUACAAGGCUCUGGUGAUACACGACUUUGUGGUCAGUGAGAAAGGAGAUAAGAUGUCAAAGUCCUUAGGCAACAUUGUAGACCCGGAUACAGUCAUCAAUGGAGGGGAGGACCCCAGUCUCUCUCCUCCCUACGGGGCAGACGUGCUGCGUUGGUGGGUGGCGAAGUCCAACGUCUUCUCCGAGGUCCAGAUUGGCCCCGCCGCGCUCACCUCCGCCAGAGACAACAUCAGCAAGUUGAGGGCCACCCUGAAGUUCAUGCUGGGGAACCUGCGGGGCUUUGACCCUCGAACCCAGGCGGUGGACCCUAAGGAGAUGCACUACAUCGACCAGUACCUGCUACACCUGCUCCGGAACUACAGCAUGAAGAUGACGGACGCCUACAAUGACUUUGACGCAGGCCGGGCCACGCGUCUUCUCCAGGGCUUCAUCACCAGAGAUCUCUCCAGCUUCUACUUCAGCAUCAUCAAGGACAGGCUGUACUGUGAUCCGGAGAACUCGUUGGCUCGGCGGUCCUGUCAGACGGUCCUCGCUGAGGUUCUGGACGGAGUGACGCGCUCAAUCGCUCCUAUCCUGCCUCACCUGGCCGAGGAGGUGUACAUACACACCCCGGGACAUGAAGGGGGGGAGACCCUGUUCAGGAGUGGCUGGAUUAAAAGCAGCCCUGUGUGGAGAAGGCCAGGAUUGGAGGAAGCUGUGGAGGGGGCGUGUGCUAUAAGGGAUUCCUUCCUGUCCUCUAUACAUGGUCGCAGCGCAGCCGAGUAUGAGCUGAUCAUUGAGAUCGAGCCUGGCCUCCUCUUCGAACUCAUGGAGUCCCUGCAGGAGGAGCCUACUUCCUCUUACUCCCAGCUAACGGAGCUGAUGAUGUCAUCGCGGACCACCCUGACCAAUGCUCUUCCCCGGGACAUGAAUGCGGACGCCCUCAUCAGCCAGGGAAACUUCCUCAUCAACCUGGAGGGCGGGGUUAUCCGUGAGGACAGCGCGUAUCAGGUAGCAGCAGUGCCCACCUCCAUGGCCCGGUGCCCACGGUGUCGCCGGUACACUUCAGAAUCCCCGGACUGCCCGUGCUCCCGCUGCCAGGCUGUCCUCACCCCAGCGCAGUGAUACCCACGGCCCCCGCACCCCGUAACAACCUGCAAAUUAACCCUUUAGCCCGCUCUGUCAGCUUGACCCUGGAAAAGCGGGGGGGGGUCAACCAUGUGUGGAUAUGGGUACCACCUGACGCCGGCAUGUUGUUGCUGCAUGUGGCAAGGAAGGACGGUGGACAGGGUCCCAGAAAAACCAAGCGCUCGUUUUGUUCUUCUUUAUUUGAUAAAGAUGAGAGAAUUGUGUCCAAGAGCUAUCCCUUUCAGGUCGAUAUGACGCCUUUCCCGGAGGGCAAACAUCCGUGAGGGUUUCCGGGAUCUUUUCUGCAAAGGGAAAUGUAUGGAGAGUCCGCAAGGGCUCCCAUGACACAGGAGACCAAGUCCUCGGGGGGGCCACGAGGUCUGAUUGUUGUUCAUGUGUGUGUGUGUGGCUGUGUAUUAAGAGGUUACAGGAUGCUUUGGGUUUUUUUAGUAUUCAUUAAUGUUGAAAUGGACGUCAUGUAACUCAUGUCACUGUGUGACAAAUGAAGAAGAACGGGAAUUAAGUAUGAUUUCAUGUACAGGUUAUGAUUCAUGGUUGGAGAUUUCUCUUCCAUAUGUUUACUUGCAAACAUCUGUAUAAUACUCCUAUCCCUGUAAACUAUUGAGUCUGUUAAAUA